AUGGCCCCCAGCGGUCGCUCUCGACGGGUUCCUCCCCAUCGCCGUGGAGGGAACCGAGUCCCCGCCCCUGAUAACCAUCGCGGCCCUGAUGGCAACCUCUCGAAGAGAAAUGUGUGCCGGCAAUUCCAAAGAUUUGGCUCGUGUCGUUAUGGCCCCGACUGCAGAUUCUCCCACGCCUCGGCCACUGAGGAUUCUAGGCCAGUCGAUCCCGCCAUGGACCUCCGGGGCGAGGAUGUUCUCCAGACACAAUACUACGACUUCAAACGCCUUCUCAGGACCGGCGGCACUCCACGCGGAGUGCCCUUAAGCCGUCGCAUUUCCCAGCUCUGGGCCAAUGCUCUCGAUGUGCUUAACGGUGAUAACCAAGAGUUGCAUCAUCGCUUGGUGAGAGACCUUGUUAGCGACGAACUGAGGGGAUACGACUUCAUAUCUUUCACAAUGAAAAUGGAAGACGCUGAUAAUGCCGUGACUUUUCCUUCCGUGAAUGACUUUCUAAAAGUCAUCACCCAUCCCUCGCUGCUCGACCCGAUGUCUAUCGAUUCAUUCGUCAGCACUGUUUACAGUUUUUUCGGCGGUUCGAAUGGGGACCGAGCCAUAGACUUUUUCAGUUGCCUCUGCAAGCGUCUGAGAGAUAGCCCUCCGAACCCCGACCCAUCCACCGAGGAAAUGAUAUUGCAGAUGGUACGGGCCAUCUCGACACUGCAGGCUCGACAGCCGAAAAGUGGUUUCAACGAUAGUUUCCCCCAAUUGUUAGAUAUACUACAAGCCCUCAUCGCCCCUUCCGAGCCGGCGGCGAACAAAACGUCCGAAGCCUCCGUGCGCAUCAAUUUUCUGAAACGAUCGAUAACACGAGGGAGGUCACGGCUCGUAACUGCCGACCCUCAACCGCCAGGUCCCUCCAAUACUCAACCAGGCCGCAGCGUUUACCCGAUGGACGUCGUCGUCCCUGGAGGUAGACAUGACAACGACUUUGCCGAUAUUUCUCAAAUACAGAUCCUACCAACCUAUGGCGAGAUCACGAGCACCGCCGCUGAAUGCCUACCCUCGACGAACCUUCUCCAACCCCACUACCUCGGUGACAUGGUCCCACGGCACAUCGACUCUGCCUUUAGACUGCUACGGCAUGAUAUUUUCGGACCCGUGAAGGAUGUUUUACGAGACCUUCUCGGCCAAGACAUCUCCAAUACUUCCCAAAAGCCCCAUAUUCGAGCCGAUGCUGGCGCACGUCUCUAUCGCAAGGCCGGCAUUGCGCAGGUAUUCGUUGAGAGGAAUGGACUCGAGGUCGCCGUCUCCUUUGAGACGCCUCCUCAACUGGGUGGAAAAUCUGUUGCUGAACAGCGCAGGUGGUGGCAAGACUCCUCUCGCCUCGAGGAGCAAGCUUUAGUUGCUUUCGUUUACUCACAUGGAGAAGACAAGAAGCUCCUUUUCCUCGAGGUGACUGCCAAAAAGACGGAGAAUACCAAGGGAGGUCGUGACAAUAUUUCCCUCGUCUCCAAGGACCAUCCCCCCAAGAUCCAAGCGAAGCUAGCCUCGUUCACUCAAGACAAUGUCAGCGUCCUCCUCAAGAUCCACACUGAGCAUCUGAAGGGUGUUUUGGUUGAGUUUAAUGGCUUGAUCCCAGCCACCUUUGCACCAAUCCUGGCCAAUCUCAAACAAAUGAUGCGAGAUGGCGAGAUGCCUUUCCAGCAAUGGAUCCUUCCUACUACUGGCCCCGAUGGAAGUAACACUACUAACAUCAUACCGCCCCCAGCCUACGCGCGUAAAAGGCAACUCGUUCUUAACUUGGACCCAAUCUCCAAGGUGCCGGGCCUGACCAUUACUCCAUCUACCGCCAGCAUCCCCGGGGAAGUUGACUUUCCCAAGCUGGAAGAAGCAACAGGUCUGGACCAUGGCCAAUGUAGGGGCCUUGUCGCUGCGCUUUGCCGGGAGUACGCCCUGAUCCAAGGGCCACCUGGUACGGGCAAAUCGUACCUGGGAGUGAAGCUCGUGAGGCUUCUCCUGCACAACAAAUUAGCAGCCGGCCUAGGACCAAUACUGGUAAUUUGUUAUACGAAUCACGCAUUGGACCAGUUUCUGAUGCACCUCCUUGCCGAGGGCAUCACUAAAAUCAUCCGUAUCGGUGGGCGCUCCCAAGUGCAGGACCUCGAAGGCCAUAACCUCCGCGUCGUAAGCAGGACGUACCCGAAAACCACGGUUGAAAAUACAACCCUUGGCCAAACUUAUGAACAACUUGAGAAGCUCAAGUCGAAUGCUGGCUAUCAGCUCCGACCUCUCCACCAACUGAAGAAUGGGCCAACCUGGGAAGGAUUGAAGGACUUCCUGAAGAAAGAGAGUAUGCGCAUAUAUCUCCAACUUGCGCCUAAGGAUGAUGAGGGGUUUGUCGUCGUUGGAGGCGACAGGGUUAAGACGUGGCUUGGCAAACGUCCACGGUCAAUGCCGGAAUCGGGCAGGCAAACCAACGUAAAGGAUGUGGAGGGUCUCUUCCACCGGGCCGAACAAAAUAUCAAGUCCCUCUCCCACAGGGAACGUUGGAUUCUCGUCGAUGACUGGAUCGCAAAGAUUAACGAGGAACAGAACGAACGCCUUUUCGAGGCACUCGAACAAACCAAUCGCAGUCAGGAAUCUAUCCAGCGCGUGUACGAUGAGAUCAAUCGCCGGGUCCUGGUCGGUGCGGAUGCUAUUGGUAUCACUACCACCGGCCUCGCUCGGAACAUUGAGAUGCUUCGCCGUGUCCGCCCGAAGGUGGUCAUCUGUGAGGAAGCGGCUGAGGUGAUGGAGGCUCAUAUUAUUUCUGCAUUCAUGCCGGGUGUCGAACAUAUCAUUCAGAUUGGCGAUCACCGUCAGCUGCGGCCCCAGAUUAACAAUUACUCUCUUAGUCUCGAAACAGCGACGGGUUUACAGUGGCAACUGGACCGCAGCCAGUUCGAGAGACGUGCCAAGGGCGAGCCCGGUAUGCGUCCGGCUCCGGUUGCCCAACUUGACGUCCAGCGGAGAAUGAGACCGGAGAUCUCGCGAUUGAUUCGGACCGUUUACCCCAAUCUCAGAGAUCACGAGAAGGUCCUAGAGCACCCACCAGUUGUGGGGAUGCGCCAUAAUCUUUUCUGGUUGCAGCACAACCAUCCAGAAGAGUCUCGUGACGACGAUUCCCGUGUCAAAUCCCACAGCAACGACUGGGAAGUCGGGGUGGCGGCAGCCCUGGUCCGCCAUCUUGUUCGGCAGGGCGCGUAUUCGAAUACUGAUAUCGCCCUCUUAACUCCCUACACUGGGCAGUUGAAAAAGCUACGGGCCGCGCUACGCAAGGAUUUUGAAAUUGUUGUAAGCGACCGGGAUCUAGAGAAGCUCGCCCAGGACGAUGAAGAAGUCACGGAUGAAUCUGAGGAAUUUGCCAGUGGUGACGGAAAAUAUCACAAGCAACUGGAAAAAAAGCAGCUCCUCCAAACACUGCGCGUCGCAACUGUGGACAACUUCCAAGGCGAGGAAGCCAAAAUCAUCAUCGUGUCCUUGGUCCGAAGCAAUCAGAAGCGCAAAGUCGGGUUCCUCCGCACCGAGAACAGAAUCAAUGUGCUGCUGAGCCGUGCCCAACACGGCAUGUACUUGAUUGGGAACGCCGAGACAUACUUGCACGUUGAUAUGUGGGCAGAUGUGCAUUCCCAGCUCUCCGAAGCAAAUGCUGUCGGUGACGCGAUCCCUCUAUGCUGCCCUCGACACCGGGAUACAGAGAUCCUCUGUUCAACCCCCGAUGAUUUCGUGCGGAAGAGUCCAGAAGGCGGGUGUAACCUUCCCUGCGUUAACCGACUUGAGCCCUGCGGUCAUCGGUGUCAGGCCAGUGUCCCGGUUCGUGCGGCCGGUGCCGACGUACUGACGGUGGAUCUACCGUCCCUGAACAUAUGGAGUGUGCGAAAAUUUGUGACCGAUCCUUCGGCGCCUGCAGCCAUCGGUGUGCUAGGAGAUGCCAUCAAGAGGACUCGGAAUGUGGAACUUGUGAGAACAAAUGCGAGGUCCGUUGUCCUCACUCUCGUUGCGCAUCCGUCUGCGGUUCACCCUGCGUUCCUUGUAUCGAAAAGUGCACCUGGUCUUGCAGCCAUCAAGGCUCAUGCACGAUGCCUUGCGCCGCUCCAUGCAACCGACUCCCCUGCGACGAGCGCUGCAAAAAGCUCCUCUCAUGUGGCCAUCAAUGCCCUACCUACUGCGGCGAAGAAUGUAGACCUGCUCGAAGGCAAGGUAUACUCCGAGAUCGACCUGGAGGAAUCUCCUGUCGUCUUCUUGUCCUGCGGCCACUUCUACACUGGCGAAAACUUGGAUAUGCUCAUGGGCAUGUCGGAGGUGUACGCCCUCGACUCGGCCGGGCGAUAUAGUGCGCUGCUUGACAUUCCUAGUGCCUUGGCCAAACGUGUGCCAUCUUGCCCGGCAUGCCGACGGCCCAUCCUCCAGUUCUCAACGAAGAGGUACAACCGCGCCGUCAACAAAGCCGUUAUGGAUGAAACCUCGAAACGGUUCGUGACUAAAGGACUGCGUGAUCUCGCCGAGCUCCAAAAACAAGUUGAACCACUCAGGGACAACCUUUCAUCCAGUUUCGCCAUCUUCAGCUUAGUUAACUGGAGCAAAGCCCGCCUUUCAGCCAGGUAUUCGGGUGCUACAAAGCUAAUCCAUGACGCUAGUAAAACAGGGAAGCGGAUGAGUGAGGAACACCAGCCCGCCAAGAAAUUACACGAUGCCAUCGUACUUCGCCGACGCGAGAUGGACGAGACACUCUCGCUCAACGAGAGGAUGGAGGGAUUACGUCUCUCGCCCGGUCCACAGGAACAACCGACUGAACGUUAUGUAUCAGCUUUGGAUAAACAACUCACUCUCAAAGCACAAUUGAUUCAGAUCGACAUCCGGGAAGUCAUGAUUCGUGACGUGGCGCGCUUGGUGCAAAAGUCGCCCACCCUUCAGACACUUGCCCACCAGUUCCAGCCCCCGGUCUCCGACUUUGUGAAAGACUGUAAACACCUCAUUGACGAAUCCAAGCUCGCCAGCCUUCCCCGGAUCGUUAUCUCUGUAACACUGUCGCUUGUCAGAAUUUCUCUCCUGCAGCGCAGGGACGCUAAGGUGCCUCAAGAGGAGAUUCGGGAGCGCUUAGACGAGGCCCUGACUCUAUGCAACAUGCUUCCUGACAACAGCGAGAUAAAGGAGAGUAUCGAGGAGUUUAUCCGGCUCACGGAGGGCCCGCGGUAUGAGGAAGUGACUCCCGAGGAGCUCGCUUCGAUCAAGAUGGCCAUGGUAACUGGGCCAAGGGGAAUUGCAACCCAUUCAGGCCAUUGGUAUAACUGUGUUAACGGACAUCCGUUCGCCAUCGGAGAAUGCGGGAUGCCGAUGGAGCUUGCACGUUGCCCCGAGUGCAAUGAACCCAUUGGCGGCCGGGAUCACCAGCUCGUUGAUGGUGCAACUCGAGCUACGGAAAUGGAGUAA